AUGGAUCCGAUCUCAGCAUCCAUACACGGUCACCAUCUUCCUCCACCAUUCAACACCCGCGACUUCCAUCACCAUCUCCAGCAGCAGCAGCAUCACCACCAGCUGCAGCUCAAGACCGAGGACGACCACGGCAGCGGCGUGCCGGGGGUGUUCGGCUCCCGCGGCACCAUCAAGGGCGACCACCACGAGACUAAUGACGAGAACAGUGGAAACAGCAACGGGAGCGCCGGCGGCGGCGGCGGAGGCCACGAGCUGGCGCUGGUUCCCCCAUAUGGUGGUGGCGGGCCAGAGGGCGGAGGAGAGGGCACCCCGCGCCGCCCGAGGGGCCGGCCGGCGGGGUCCAAGAACAAGCCGAAGCCGCCCAUCAUCAUCACCAGGGACAGCGCCAACACGCUGCGGACGCACGUCAUGGAGGUGGCCGGGGGGUGCGACAUCUCCGAGAGCAUCACGGCGUUCGCGCGCCGCAGGCAGCGCGGGGUCUGCGUCCUCAGCGGCACCGGCACCGUCACCAACGUCACCCUGCGGCAGCCGGCCUCCCAGGGCGCGGUCGUCGCCCUCCACGGCCGGUUCGAGAUCCUCUCCCUCUCUGGCUCGUUCCUCCCGCCGCCCGCACCGCCCGAAGCCACGGGGCUCACCGUCUACCUUGCCGGCGGCCAGGGCCAGGUGGUGGGCGGCACCGUCGUCGGCGCGCUCACAGCAGCCGGGCCCGUUGUGAUAAUGGCAGCAUCUUUCGCCAACGCGGUGUACGAGCGAUUGCCGCUGGAGGAGGAUGACAUGCUCGCGGCACAGGCACAGGCCGACAGCGCAGGAAUUCUCGCGGGUGCGCAGCAAGCGGCGCAGCUCGCCGCCGCCGGCGCUGUGGAUCCAAGCCUCUUCCAGGGACUGCCACCGAACCUGCUCGGCAACGUGCAGCUGCCGCCAGAAGCAGCCUACGGAUGGAACCCGGGCGCCGCCGGUGGCCGUCCGGCGCCGUUCUAA